GGCUCAAAUUGGACAGUUUGCCUUGUUGGGGUCCAUUGCGUGCCCGCGCCAUGUGGUGGCAGUUUGCAAGCCUUGCUCUGGUUUCCGCCUUGACGGUCGGGGUGGUCCUGGCCCUGGCAUGGUACUUCAGGCGUCAUUUCUACAAGGGUAGUGUUUUGCCCUUGAACAAGGUCAAGAAAUCGCCGAAGACCUCCCAACAGUAUGCUCAGGAAAACCGCAUUUUCCAGACCAAGGUGCCGGAGAUUCUUUCAACAAGGCCGCCAGCCGAGUCCUUGCCAGGUCUCCUCUCAGACGCAGCGGAGUCGUGCGAAAAGAUGAAUGCUGAGCCGUUGGAGGAGCAUGAGGAGCCCAACCCCAACAAUCUGGCAGAUGCCGAAGCUUCAGCGGAACCGGCUGAACCCUUUUUGGUUGACACCAACUUUGAGCGGCUGCGGCUAAGACACCAGCUAGGAGCUGGUGGAUUUGGCCGAGUGCAACUGGUGGAAGAACCCGAUUCCAGCGUCGCUGCAUGGAAGGCUGUUCCCAAAGCGGGGGGUCUCAGGCAAAGUUUGCUCACUGAAAAACGCGUGCUCGCAGCCACAAAGAUUUGUCCUUCUCCAUUCGUUGUGGCUUAUCAUGGCUGCUGCCACACGUGCAAGUACGUUUACUUUAAGCAAGAGGGGCUGGUCGGCGGCGAGCUUGCUGCUACCUAUAGGACCAAAGACCUCCGUGGCUCUGAGACUCACGCUCGCUACUACAUGGCCUGUGCUUUGUCAGGCGUGGAGCACUUGCACAAGCUGCGGGUGAUGCUGCGCUCUCUCAAGCCAGAGGACUGCGCGCUGGACUCCAGAGGCGUACUGAAGCUUGUGGAUUUCGGCCUUUCCAAAUUCCUCGUCGACAAGACCUACACUCAAUGUGGUACUCCUGACUACUUUUCACCAGAAAUUGUUAGUGGAUCAGGCCAUUCAUUUUCCGUGGACUGGUGGUGCGCUGGUGUCAUGCUCUUCGAGCUGCUGACUGGAGACAUUCCUUUCGUUUCUCCGGACGCCUUUGGCAUCUACCGACUCAUCAUGAAGGGUAUCGAAAACGUGAAGUUCCCUUCAGCCAUGUCCAGUCCGGCCAAACAUCUGAUUCGCAAAUUGUGCCACGCAGUGCCCGAGAAGCGGCUUCCUGAAGUGAAAGGCUUUCAAGGAUUGAAGCGCCAUUCCUUCUUCAAUAAGCUGAUUUGGGAAGACUUGGCUGAUGCGAUUCCACCCUGGGUACCGGGCGAUGAUUCCCAGGCGAAUUUCCCCGCAGAGGCCAAAGAAGAAGAACUGCCAUCCAGUUUCACCAAACAGGUUGAUGGUGAUGUAGCCGAUUGGUCCUCACUCUUCGGGCCGCAAGGCCCGACCGACGAGUUCCCAUGCGCUUCAAGCCCUGCUGCAUCGAGCGCAGAGAAUGUGGACUGGGCAAGUGCUCUUGGCAACUCGAAGACCCACCGAGAAGUUCAUUCCUGGUGGGGCGUCUUUGCCGCCACCCACCGCGUGUGGUUCUUGCAUGGGCU